AGUAGGGCUCUGAAUUUCAUCUGUUGGCACUUCGUUCUGCCUCUUGUAACGAGGUACAUGUUCUCUUCCCAGCCACGGUAAUCUUGUCUACACCUGCAUUUAUAAAUCAAAACAAUUGGAGGGCUGUCCGCAUCACAUUAAUAAGUAGCUACUUUCCUGAUGCAGUGGCUGGAGUGGUAGGAAGGCACAAGGUCCAGCUGGAGGAGGUGAAUUUGACUUUACACAAAUUUGAUGAGCUUGACUGCCUCAUUCGGGGCAUUGAGUACAUUGAAGAUAACAAUAUGGACCGUGAAUGCUACUAUUUUCUUAACCCUCGCAAUGAAGAUAGAUGUGAAAAAGUUACUUUUGACUUUAGUAAUCCAUAUCCCUUUCUGGUGGUGAACAUUGGUUCAGGUGUCAGUAUUCUGGCUGUGGAUGGACCUGACAACUACCGAAGAGUAUCCGGGACUAGUUUAGGUGGUGGAACAUUCUUAGGGCUCUGUUGUCUCUUGACUGGUUGCAAAACCUUUGAAGAAGCAAUUGAACUUGCAGCAAAAGGCACAAAUGAAACAGUGGACAAACUUGUAAGAGAUAUUUAUGGUGGUGACUACCAGAGAUUUGGCUUGAGUGGCAAUAUUGUAGCUAGCAGCUUUGGGCACAUGAACAGUGAGGAGAAAAGAGCCAGAGUUUCACGUGAAGAUUUGGCAUGUGCAACCCUAACCACAAUCACAAAUAAUAUAGCCUCUAUAGCGAGAAUGGUGGCUGCGAAUGAGAAGAUUGAAAAGGGUUACUUUGGUGCUGUUGGCUGUAUGCUGGAAUUGAUGCGUACAGGAGAAGUUGGAGCUUCUUCAUAGAUUUAAACUUAGAGAUAUAAUGCUAUUUAUUGAAUAUUAGGUCCAAAUGUUAUUAAGUAGAAGUAGGGAAUUUAUAUAUGAAUAUAUAUACACAUUUUCUUUAUAAGAAUAUAUUGUAAAAUAUAGCUUGAUAUUAUGUUUAAAAGGACUAAAAUAUAAUGUAUAUUUUCCAUGUUAGUGGAAACUGCUUUUUGUAGAAUUCAAAUACAUUUCUUUUCAAGUUGUGAAAACAGCACAAGAGAUUGUAGGAUAUUUUACUAUUUUAUGUAGCUUAUUUUUAUAUGGAUUUCAUAGGUUUACAAGUUUACCCCUCUGGUAUAGCAAUGGUAUUCCUUUUUUCACUUUUUUUUUUUUUUUUUUUUUUUUUUUUUUUUUUUUUUUUUUUUUUUUUUUGACAGACAAUCUUGCUUUAUGAUGAAUGACUGUUUGGUUUGAAUGACAGCAAGAUAAGGUUCAUAGACUCAGAUAGACAUACAACUCUUUUAGAGAGAACAUGUGCCUUCUGGCAGUAGGGGAUUAAAGGUAACCCCCUCUGGCCAGUUUCUGCCAGUAUACCAACUGUUUCUUGAUCCCAGGCUAAUCAUUCAGGUAUAGGAGUCAAGAUAUUUACUUGCAUAACCUUUACUUUUAUGCAUGACUGUGAUGAUGAUGAAUUGACCUAAUCUAUAACUACAAUGAAUCAGUGUCUUGCGGCCAUGACAGAAGACAAGGGAGAAGUCUUGGAAACGAAUAAGAAAUAAUUCAUGAUAAAAGAGCAAAGAAAUUAUAUAGAAAUUAUUAGAUGAUAUAAUUCACUGAAAAGACAGGACAAAGAUCAUGAGAAAUGACAUAGUGAUCUAAAACUGUGUAUGAACUAUUAGAAUAGUGCAGGUCAUACUUUGACUGCACUUCUUUCAUGGCACAUAUUAAUAUUUGAAAAUGCUUGGAAAGCAUUAAAAUCCUUUCAUUCUAUACAUCUUUAAAGUAGUGAUUUGAUCAGGUUUCUUUUUGUGCAUAAUUCAAGAGAAAUCCAAGUAAAUAUAAUUGCUGUAAAAACACUGACAGCCCAAAGUAGAUAUAAGCUGUCAUAAAAUCUUAUAUACCAUGCAAGUCUUUUCAUAGAUGGUAAUAUAGUGAUACAUUUUAUUUCUCACAUCAACUACAGCAUCAAAAUAUUUCAAUUGUUAUACAGAAUAUUGAUUUUCAAGAUGGCAGGCAAAAGUUGCAAUUUGUUUCCAUUAUCUUAACAUAUAAAGUAUAUACACUCCA